GCUUUCAACAAUUUAAACCUUUCGCUUUUCCUUUCUAAAAUACACACCAACCAAAUGUAUUAUAAAAUGUUCCACUUGCCAUUUAGCCAUUACGUAAUGUCGUCUAUGUUUGACUAAGGCCAUACCUCACCACAGAGUAGUGUAAACCUAUACAAAUUCGACCAGUAUGGUUUGACACAUCAGUUUUGUUUUCAAUGUUAAGGUGAUAAAUCUAUUGCAGUGUCAUUAAUUUAUCAACCUUUUUUCCAUUACAUUCUUAAUAUCUAUUAAUUAAUUUCAAUACAUAAACAUGGCCAAGGAAGUACGCAAAAUUCGUGUGGGCUCGCGUAAGAGUGAGCUUGCUUUGAUCCAGACAAACUUUGUUAUUAGCCAGUUAGUAAAGUUAUACCCAGAGACAGAAUUCGAGAUAGUUUCUAUGACAACUAUGGGUGAUCGGGUUUUAGACAAACCAUUGCCAAAGAUUGGAGAAAAGAGUUUAUUUACUAAAGACCUUGAAGUAGCAUUGCUAAAUGGAAAUGUGGAUUUAAUUGUACAUUCGUUGAAGGAUCUACCGACAGUUAUGGAGAUUGGAACUACUAUUGGAGCUGUAUUAAAGAGAGAUGAUCCUAGAGAUGCACUGGUAUUACGAGAGGAGUACAAAAACUAUAACUUGGCUUCAUUACCUCAUGAAAGUUUAAUCGGUACUAGCUCUCUACGACGUACAGCUCAAUUGAAAAGAAAAUUUCCUAAUUUGCAAGUUUCUGAUGUACGAGGGAAUUUAAAUACAAGAUUAAAAAAAUUAGAUACUAUUCCAGACGAAACUGGCAACAAAAAUCCAGGCUAUGAUGGCAUUAUUUUAGCCUUGGCUGGUCUUCAAAGAAUGGGAUGGGAAAAGCGUGUAUCCCAAAUAAUAGAUCCUGAUAUUAUGUUAUAUGCAGUUGGGCAAGGAGCAUUGGCAGUUGAAUGCCGAAUGGGAGAUGAUUUUAUUUUAGAAAUGUUAGAACCGUUACAUGAUUAUAAUACCGUUUUACAGAUUGUGGCAGAGAGAUCUUUUCUUACACGACUGGGCGGUGGCUGUAGUGCUCCUGUUGGUACAAGAUCAACAAUAUGUUUUGAUAAAAACACAAUAUCAAUAGAAGGUGCUGUUUGGAGUUUAGAUGGUUCUGAAACUUUACAAAAUUCAAAAUGUGAAAUGCUGCCUGAUAAAAAAUUAAUUCAAAACCAUAUUGACCAAUAUAGAAGUGAUGAUGGAGAGCCACCUAAAAAAUGCCCUUAUAAACAGCUAAGACAAUUCGUUGGAAUUACUCCGGGUAAAAUAAGUUAUCUCGAUUUGGAUGUAGCUUUGAAAUUAGGAAAAGAGUUGGCAGAUGAUUUAAUUAUGAAAGGAGCUCUAAAUAUUAUGAAUACAGCAAAAGAUACUAUUCAUUCGGCCAUAAAAUCAUAGUAUUAUUAUUGUUUUUGUUUUUAUUCUGGUGUAUCUUUAUGGUUAUCUUACUUUAUGGUUAUGGUGAAUUAUGUCAAAAUCUUGUUAUUUAUUUUUUUUUUCAUAUAUCUUACUUUUUGAGUUCUGUUUUAAUAUUUUUCUUUAUUUUUAGUUAAAUAAUAAAUAUUUAUAAUUAGUUAUCUACCUGAAUAUGUUGACAUUUUUACUUAUAAAAAAAAAAUAAACAGUUAAUGGAUCAA